CGCACCACGUGUCCAAUCCGACAUGCUCGUAUGCAGGUCGCGCCAACAACACGAGGCCAUCAGCACGGUAACGAUGAAGCACCCAACGAAAGGACUCAGCUCACUCCUCAUCCGCGGCGAGUACUCCGAUUUGGAGAUCCGCUGCCAAGGCAAAUCGUUCAGAGUACAUCGAGCCAUUGUCUGCCCGGCAUCAGUCGUCCUAGCUAAAGAAUGCGACACUGCGUUCAAGGAGGGCGAGACGCGCAUUAUUGAGCAUGACCAGUUCGAUGCGGCGACAGUAGAGCGGAUGCUCUACUACAUCUAUAGCGAUGACUACACUGUUGAUGAGGUGACUGGCUCCGAAACGCCGUGGGUCAAAGGCCACAGCGACAGCCCAUUUGAAGCGAACGAACAGUCAACAACUUCACUCAUCGACGGACCGGUGUACAUGAGUGCUGCGAUAGCUCACAUUCGAGUCUACGCCAUUGGCGAGCAUUUCCAGCUUGCUGACCUGAAGACCCUCGCCUUGGAGAAGUUUGUCCACGCCGAUCUUCGUAUCGAGAUCGGGGACUUCGUGGACAUCGUCCGUGCCGUCUACGGUGCAACGAGCUCCAGCAUUGAUCCGCUUCGUCUUGAGACACUGAAACUCGCCUUGGGUGACAUUGAGCAGCUGACAAGCGACGACUCUUUCAUGUACGCCGUCUCUGUGGACCCUCACCUUCAGGAAUUUGCGGCGACGCUGCUACCUGCUGCCAUAAAGCGUACUAAAGACGGAAUCUCUGCGAGCACACCGUCCUUCGAAUACGAACUGUCAAAAGUCAAGGACGAGCUUUCGCACGUGCAAGCAGAGUUCAAAGCUCUUCAAGCCAAAGCAACAGACGCCGAGGCGGUGACCAAAACAUGCAAUGACGCUGUGGGCAAACUAAAAAAUCAACUCAGGCAGAAGACGGAGGAGCUCAUAGUCGCCCGCGCCGAGGCACAAUCGACAAGGACUGCCAACCAUACGCUUUCUGCAACCAAUGCUGAUCUGCAGAGCAAAUUGUCGGAGGCACAGAAAGCAGCAGAAGCGGCGACGAAGCGUUCUCGAGCCGACACUAGAGCGCUGGCUAUGCAGGACGAUCUGGCCGAGGAUAUCGCGGAGCUAUUCGAGUCAUGGAGAAAGUGCCGAAACUGCGGAUGGAAAUUCGGCGUGUAUAUGGAGUACGACGAUCGUACCUCUGCGACAGGCUUGAUGCUUAGGUGUCGCACAUGUAAGUGUAGGCAUUACGGGAAGGUGAUCGAAGAGUGAAGAUCGUUCGGAACGUGGUUCAAGCGGCGAGCGGACGAUGAACGUAGGAAAG